CAAAGUAAAGCUGACAGUUUGCACUGUAACAUUCACGGUUCCAAAGACAGAGUCAAAACAAAACAGUGUGUGUAACUUAAACGCCUCAAUGACCAAUAAAGCUGGAUUGAGUUUGUAUAGCAACCAAAUCCGGGCAUUUCAAUGUUCCUAGAUACCAGUUUGAUGUAUAUCGGGACCGGCUGAAACUAAAUAUCAACAAAGCAGGUUCUCUGAAAAGAUUUCAAUGGACAUCACGAAGGGCAGUCUCGAUAGUAUCUCGCGUCCUGCAUCCAGCGAGCGUUCUCGCCCCGGGAGCCGAGUCUCAAGUGUAUCGCUGUUAGAAAGGAGGGUCAAUCACGCCAUCAAUGGCUCUUUGGUUGUCCUAAACCCAGAUAUCCCAGAAACACAGGACCGGAUGGGUACACCAGAAAAUAGCUGUUUCUCAAAGUCUUCUGAAGACCUGCUUGACAGCAUAUUGGAUUUCGAACUCACUGAAGCGACCACUGCCCAAGCAGAGGACGUUGUGGAGUCAACUCUACCUGACAACACCUCCCUUUAUACUGAAUCUGAUGAGGAUACUGAAGAUCCAGAGGUUAAGAAAGCCAUCCAUAAAAUGAGGAAGUUGGACAAAAUAUUGGCUCUGAGGAUCUCUAAGGAAAUGGAAAUCAAGAAGCAAGGAAGGGAACUCCAACAAAAAAUAUGGGAAGAAUUACUGGAGCUGAAGCCUAAAGAAGCACCAGAACGCCCUGAGGAAGCUGAAAAUACAAGGCUGUUUUUGGCUCUGUCCUCCAGCACAUUUCCCUCCAGUGGGGAGGUGGAUUAUCAUCCAGUGUUCGACACCCAGGUUCCAGACGAUCAGUGUGACUGGGAUGCCAAUUGCAGGAGGGACAGUGGGCGUGACUGGUUUUCAGGUGAAUCGGACCACAGCGAAGCGGCAGAUUCCCCCAAAGUGGCUCACGAGGCGAGGGUGGCAGAUCAGGCAGAGGGCAGACAAUGCCGGGUUGGUGGAGGCAAGAAGAAACAAGACUUUGUGAAGAAAAACAUUGAGCUGGCGAGGGAUGCCGGGAGCCAGGUGCUGAUGACGGACGCGGAGAAGGCGAGGCUGGAGGAGCUCCUGCGGGAUCUGGACGGCGGGGAUGAGGAGGAGCAGGAAGACCCCUAUCUGUCGGCUGUGCUGACAUCUACAGGAGAGGGCUACGCCCCUGAGCCCGCUGAACUGGACCAGCUCCUUCAUAUUGACUCCAGACUGCAGCUUCUUCUUCCUGUGGAGGACUUCCUGUCUCUGCGCAGCCAAUACCGUGCCCACAGCUUGCCUGAGGGCCCCAGGGCUGGCUGGGACGCCGAAGGGGACAGGCUGCCAGGAGAGAAGGUUCUCCAGGACAUGAGGGUGACUCGAGAGCAAGAGACCAGACUGAGGGAGAUUGAGCAGCAGCUGGAACAGGACCAGAUCGGCAUGUGUGGAAGGCCCGUGCUGUCAGAGGGGCAGCUGAGCAGCCUGUUGGAGGACUGUGUGCUGGCCUUGAGCAGGAUGCCCUCCGUGCUGUCUGGCUGUGGGGCCCAGUCUCCCGCGGCUUUGCUGGAUGAUCCGGGCAGCCCCUGCGCCCUCCUGGACAGCGCGCCUCGCCUCUCGGACUCUGUGCUCUCCGAGCUGCUGAGAAGCGCCCGCAGUCUGCAGUCGCCGCCGCUAGGAAACCACACGCCAUGUGGGUGAUCAGGUUACAUGACCCGCAAGAACAAAGCACACUUCCCUAUCUCUGUCCAAAAUUGAAUGCUGUUUUCCGGAUGUGAAAAUAAUGUGCUAACACAUCCCGGAUGUCACACUACAUUUGGUGAAAUAUCAUAGUGCAUGAACACUGGACACUAUGCUGGCACGAUUAUCCCACCGGGCAUUGCGCUAGGACACAUGUUUAAACCACAAUGUACAAUAUUACCUUUAAAUAUGUUUAGCAGAGCAUAGUUGAAAUGGAUAUAUUUAAUUUUUAAAUCUUGUUUCUGUUGUCUUUAAAGUCACAUCAACUAGCUUCUGAAAUCAAUGCGCACUGUGCUUGUAAACCCAUAUCCAUGUCUCUCUCUCACACACAUGCUGUACCUGUAAACCUGUGAACACAUGCACGUGUGUGCACACAAAAACAAUCACAAGAUCGUUUGAUAUCUUGUGAAAAUCUGAUCGUCUGUAUCAAACUCUU